AUGGACAACAACGAGAUAGAAGAACUGGAUCAGCCGAUCAACACCACCGACCUGCCCUUCCAGAUAGACUGGAACACCGAUUUUCCUCUCAACAUUAGUGUCCCCAAAAUCAGCCUGCAUAGCCUUAUUCUUGACUUUUCAGCAGUGUCGUUUCUUGACAUUUCUUCAAUGAGGGGGCUCAAAACAAUUCUGCAAGAAUUUAUCAGGAUCAACAUAGAUGUGUAUAUUGUUGGAAGUGAUGAUGAUUUCAUUGAGAAGCUUGCACAGUGUGAAUUUUUUGAUGAUGAAGUCAAGGACUCAAUCUUUUUCUUAACAAUCCACGAUGCUGUCUUGCACAUUUGGAUGAAGAAGGACUACAAUGCUUCAAAGUUUACUCCUAGUCAGGAAAAAGAAAGGAAAUUUGAUUUUACCAUAAAUACAAACGGAGGAUUACGUAAUCGGGAAUGUCAG